CCGCUGGCAUGGAGGAGGAGGAGAGCACUUGAUCAUUGUGAUGGUGGCAGGCAGCUGCGAGCGACCCCGCGGAUCGGCGUCUUUCGGGAUCUGGCUUUUGCGCGUUUCACCUCCGGGCUUUUGGACGGACUUGUUCGCGCUCGGGGGAUUUUCACGGGAAAAUGUGAAUGAGAUGCGAGUUCACGAAACUACUCCGGAGCCCCUGCGCUGCAAACAACAAAACUUUUUCCUAAAGGACAGCACGAUAAAGCUGCGUGCUCGAAACAUUGUCCGCGAUGUGUGAUGAUCGCCUGUAACAUUCGGAUCUUCUGCCGAGUUAAAUGCAGCGAUCCGGUGCCGGUGGGAGCGAGUGAAGCACCGACCGCUGAGUUUGGUCAGUUGCGCUCCGCUAUUGUUGUCUGUUUUGCAGACCGACCAGAGUAUUGUUUUAAUGGUACUGAAUGAUUGAAUGACACAUUUUUCCCGAAGAGGGGAAGCGGCCGCCGCUCGUUUGCACUCCUUCGAAUCCCCUAUUUCUUUCCCCCUGGAAUUACUUUUGCUGAAGGAGGCUUGAGAAAGUUCUUCCAAAAUACUGUGCACAGACUAUAUGAUGGGGGAUUUUGCCACCCCCGCUACUGCGAACGGCAGUAGUAUUUGCAUUAAUAACAAUAACAUAAACGGUGGCAUCGGAUCUGGAGGCAGCAGUAAUAAUGUGAUCCCUAAGCAUAGUACCGUGGUGGAAAGGUUAAGGCAGAGGAUCGAGGGCUGUCGGAGGCACCAUGUCAACUGUGAGACCAGGUACCAGCAAGCACACGCUGAACAGCUGGAGAUUGAACGCAGGGAGACGGUCAGCCUGUACCAGAGGAGCUUGGAGCAGAGGGUUAAGAAAUCCGCUCAUAAUAAGCAGCAAUACAGACAUCAAGACCCUGAGUCGGCAAGCACAACAGAACAGAGAAAUAGCACGCUGAUAGCGCUUCAGGAGACCGUGAAGAGGAAGCUGGACAAUGCUCGUUCUCCUCUCAACGGUGACCAGAAUGGCAUCUGCGAUGGGAACUUCUCGCCCAGCACAAAGAGACUUCGUAAGGAGGGGCCGGGUGGGGGUUUGGAUUCGUUGGUUCCACCUGUGUCACCCCUCCACCCGAUGGACAUUAAUCCUCCGAUGGCCCCGGCCAAUAGCACUAACAACGGGAGCAAUCAUACCCCUGGGCGGCCCGAUGACCUGGGAAAGAAUGGGGGUCUGCCAGACGUCAAGCUGAAUGGUUCCCUGGACCUGGAUGACGGAUUCACACUUUUCAAAGACUUGAAACAGGAACCUCUUGACGACACCGCCGGCAUCGAGUCCUCUGACACCUCCUUGUCCAAUCAGAAGCUCUUCUCGGAUAUCAACCUUAACGACCAGGAGUGGCAGGAGCUCAUCGACGAGUUGGCCAACACAGUGCCGGAGGAUGACAUGCACGAUUUGUUCAAUGAGGACUUCGAGGAGAAGAAGGAGGUGGAAUUCACACGGCCGGCAGUGCAGACGCCCCUUCCUCAGGACCCACCGCCAGCCCCACCUUCGCAGAAUAGUCAGAUGUCUAUGGGUUCCCCUCAAGUCCGACCCUCUUCCUCUGGGCCCCAAUUCACCGCGACAGCAAACGGUACCCCACCCCAGCAGUCUCCCGCGGUCGCCUUAGCCUCCGGCUCACCGGCUAAUUGCACGACCCAGUCACCACAGACACCCACACAGGCACAAUCGCAACCCUCCAGGCCUGGAAACGGAUAUCUCAUGAACCCUGGCCCUGUGGUUGUACCUGGCUCUGCUCCCAGAACCGCUGGGACCCCAGGCCAAGGAGGGGGCGGUCCCGCCCCGGUGCCGGCUUCAAGCUCCGAACUGACCCCGGCCGAGCAGCUGAAGCAGAUGGCUGCCCAGCAGCAGCAGAGGGCGAAGCUCAUCCAACAGAAACAGCAGCAACAGCAGCAGCAGCAGACCCAAGCGGCUAGCUGGUCGCCCGCUAGGCCUCCCAGCAGCCCAUAUGGUGGGCCAUUCAAUUCCGACAAACCAAAUAGCCCCAUGAUGUACCCACAAGCCUUCAACACCCAGAAUUCUGUGGUGCCUGCUAUGGGGAACAACCCGCAGAAGGCCAUGAGCAACUACCUCCCACAGAACCCCAUGAACGUCAUCAACCAACAGCCCAACAGCAUGGGCCAAAGCACCAUGAGUAAGCAGCAGGGAGGCGUUCUCUCCUACAGCAACACCAAGCCCCUAAGCCACUUCAACACCGUGGAUCAUAUUAGCCAGAGGAUGACCCUACCGGUAACUAACCCUGGCAAGAACCCCAUGAUGCCCUACAUGCAGGCCCAGGUGGGGCAGAGCGCAGGGCAGACCCAGGGGCAGGUACCUGGCCAGGUGGUCCAUCUGACAGAGGAGCAGAAGCGGAUGUUGCUUAUAAAGCAGAAGGUGUUGAAUCAGACCCUGCCUUACAGUUCCUUGCAGACCCAUGGGCAGGAACAGAACAUGGUUGGUGUCCCACGGCAGCCUGGUGGGGUCCAGCCAUCACUCACUGGCCCAGGAGCCGUGGUGCCAGGGACCAAUGGCAGCGCGCCGGGAUACCUAGGCAACCCACAGCAGGCAGCCAUGAUGAAGCAGAUGAUGCAGAUGGAGCAGGAGAAGCGUGUGCAAUUGCACCUGCUUGAGCAGCAGAAGCAGCAGGCUCUGCGAGAACAGAGGCAGCAGCAGUUGCUGGCCGAGCAGUUACAGCAGCAGCACCCCAGGCAGCUGCCCCACCAGCAGAGAGGCCCUUACCCCGUUCAGCAGGUGAACCAGUUCCAGGGCUCGCAGCAGGAGAUGGCCGCCAGGAACCAGGCUCUCCAGAACAUCCGCAACGCCAGGCUGCUCCAGCAGCAGCAGCAGCAGCAGAAUCAAGGGAUGCUCCAGAUGGCGCCGGUGCAGAACUCCGCCCCCAUUCCCACGGGGGCCGGCCAGUCAGACAUGGGCGUGGCCUACACCGGCCAGCCAGCCGGGCAGCAGACCAUAUAUGGCCUCAAUGCUGGCGUGAACCAGAUGCUGCAGCACCCAGCCCAAGGAGGCGUGGGUAUGGCCCACAAUGCACCACAAGUGCAGAGGCAGCCUGGUAACGGGCAUGCAGGGGGCAUGGUGAGCGGGUACGGACAGGGCAUGAUGAUGAACCCCGACAUGUCCCAGCAGCCCAUGAAGGGCCCCCCGAUUGCCAAGGGCCAGGCGCAGAGACUGCAAAGCAUGAUGGGAGGAGCCUCCCAGGGUUGGCCACAGCAGCAGCAGCAGAACCUGCAGGCAGCGGCGGGCCGGACUAGCGGGGAGAUGGCGCCCUUUAACGGCAGUCCCGUUUAUGCCAUGCAGGCCGGCCAGCCUCGUAUGGUCAAGCAGCACUUUCCACAGGGGGUGGGCCAGCCCAUGGUGGACCCCAGGGCCGUGAAUCCAGCCAUGGGAGGCCAGAUGAUGCCCCACGUGGCGGCCCAGUCGCGGACCAACCAGCCGCGGCCCGUCACUUUGCCCGCCAUGGCGCAGGUCGUCCCCAACAUGGCCCCAUUCAGCCAGGCGCAGAGCCAACCAAUGGUGGCAGCCGGAGGCUCGUACAUGCAGGGCAGCCAGCCGCCCACAUACCAGCGGACACCCAGUCAGGACCUGUCGUACGGCUACAGCGGGCAGCCGUCUGGAGGCGGAGCCUAUAACCUGCCAGAGAGGGCGGAGCUGGACUCUGCAGAUGGCUGGAUGGACGAGUUCUUUUCCAGCCAAUAGCGGGCAGACAUGGGUGGGGCUUCAAGUUGACUAUGGAUGGACACAAAGAGGAAGGAAGGAAGGAACUGGGUGAACGACAAAAGCUUUCAUUUUUUAAGACGUUAAUGACCUGGAGAGAAAAAAAAAAAGUGGCUUUUGUGCACUGUCAUGGUAUUAAAAACACCUCCUGAAGGGAGAGCAAUCUGUCAGGAGUCUAAUGGUUUCACACAGGAUGUUUUAUUCGCGUUUUUAAUCUUUUGAAAAAUGCCAUACUUUCCCCAGUUUCAAAUCUGCACUGCGGAAUCUGUAAAAUCUGAAACUUUACUUAAAUUCUGGGCACUGGAGGAGAAACACUAAGCCGUUAAGAAAACUGUUGGUAUUUUUUGAUUGGGAUUACGGGAUUGUUGGUAGCAUCUGCAUCACGCCACGUAGCUCAUCGGUUCGGAGUGUUUUUCCAUUGUGGGUCUCGUGGGGGUCAUUAACUCGAAGCAUUUUCUGCAUUACUAUUGGCAUACAAGGCUUUGACUUUGAACCUGACGAUCGUUUGUUUACCCCAGAAGCUGUAGAGAACAUCAGCCGCUUCUCCUACAUGUAAUGAAUUGAAGCCCCGCACCCCAGCACCCCCGCACUCCAGCACCCCCGCACCCCAACCCCAGCAGCGCACCACACACCCACUCCCGCUUACAGGCUUACCUUUAAUCUGCAUUUGUCUGCUAUUUACACCUUGAAAAUAACAACAAAACAGUCAGGAUUCUUUGUUGGGUGUCAGUAUGGGCUCUGGUAGGGUAGGCCGUCUCUUAGCAACCAGCAACGCGGCGUCGGAAUGGGUUGAAGCACCACACACGUGACUGUGGGGUUCCGGCUGAAGUUCUGAUUGGCUGCACUGUCACGUGGAAGCUCACGCAGAUUAAUAGGAAAUGUAACAGCCACUAGUAACUUCAGCAAAUUCUUAAACGUGUGAGCUGGAAUAGGAAACUUGAAUUUUAACCUAGAUAUUUAUACAGAAUAUGCAUUUUAAUGCCGCGAAUACAUGCUCAUACCUGCACUUCACACAUUUUCGCGGAGGGGGACGUGCGGCUUAGAACGAUUGUUAGGGCCCUGGAGUGAAAAUUUGGAACAUAACUGGAUUAUAUUGGAUAUAAUGACCUUAAGUAUGAAUUGUUUUUUUCUUGGGACUUACACUGUCUGAAUACGUGCUCCAUCAGGACAAAAACAGAGAUGUUUUACUUUAACUAGAAAUGAAUUGGGUUUUUUUGUUUACUUUAAUGCCUAUAGACUUUAUAUCAAUCAAUGCCCAACAAAGGAUUUAUCUUUUACUGCGUUAUUCUGGGCUUUUUUCCUCUCCAUUACAAAUGUUUCCGAGGCAGGUCCGUUCGCUCUGGAGACAGGAGGGGGCAGUGUGGAGCCCCUAGCUGAGGACUGUCUCCAUCCCCCCAGGAGGGCUACCUGCCAGAUUCCUCCAGGUCACGUGGUCUGGGACCAAUCGGAUGUAGACUUUGUUCUUUCUGUUGUUCGUUGGUCAUUUCCGUUGGUCCGUUAUUUUGUUUAACUGGUGCUGACGUAUAUGUGAUAAUGAAAAAAAAGUAUAUAAAAGAAAGUUGCUAUUUGUAAAUAUGUUUUUACAGGUUUAAAUACAUCAGAUGAUAUGGCUAUACCCUCUGUAAAGAAAUUCCUGUUUGUUGAAAAUAGAGACAUAUUUUUAUUUUCGUUUUUUUUUUGUCCACUUUUAAAAUCAUCCGCGCUACGCCAUUGCACUUCAGACAAUGUCUUACUACUAAUUUGUAUUGUAAUUCUAAUUUUUAUUUGUUCAUUUUUCUAGUUUGAGAUUCUACUCUGUACCUUAAGCAGUGCUUAUUUCUUUUUAUCCUGUACAGAAUUGCGAAAUGUAAACAGAUUACACACGUUUGUUUUUCAGAAAAAAACAACAAAAAUAAAGAAAGACGGUUAUCUCGUUGAUCGUAUUAAAUGAA